CCGCAUCUCACGCGCAGCUUGGUCACUGCAGAGUUAAAGCAGAACAUUCCAAGAAGAGGCAAAGGCAAAGGCACUGGCAAAAAAGGGAAAUGAGCAAAAUAAAAGAAAUAUAAUUAUACAUGCAUAUGCAUAUAUACAUCCACAUAUAGAUAUAGAGAGAGAAAGGCAAAGCAGAGGAGCAAGAGAGAGAGAGAGAGUGAGCACAGAGCAAAGAGAGGGUUUUUGGGCGGAAAAGAGUACUUGGAUCGAAACCUACCCGUUAACCUUCUGCUUGUGUGUUUUAUUGAACCCUUGGGGUGUUGGACUUUGCCGACGUUGUUUAUCUCAACGGUCUUGUAGCAGUGUACUGAAACAGGGGAAGGAAAGCGGGGAUUCUUCAGAUCUGGUUAUCUGAUUGUGGUCUGAGGCUUGAUAAGAAUCAUCACAUGGCUCUCUCGAUGGACUGAUCUCAUAGUUUCUCUCUCUCUACUUGGGCUUCUUAGUUAUCAGUGCUUGAUUAGUUCGGGCUUUCAGUGGUUUUGGAGUUUAGGAGUUCAGCUAUUGGUUUGCGAAUUGAUGAUCCUUACUGGACUAAAUAUACUGGUUCAAUCACAAUCGGCAUCUGAGUUUGGCAUUCAACUGAGAGUGAGGGGAAAUCUCUCUCCUGUUGCCAUCUUGGUUGCUGGCUGUGACGAGAACCACCGUAGGUUAUUGUCUUCUUUUUAUGUCUCCUAAGUUGGACAGCCCAGUUCAGACAGAGAUGGCUGUGGCAGUUUUCAAGAGUCCGCUUGGGGGUGGGGAUUAUCGUGGAACGAAUAGGAUGGAAAGCAAGCCAACCGGUAGGAGACGUGUUUUUGUACAGACCGAGACGGGUUGUGUGUUAGGGAUGGAGCUGGACAGGAGCGACAGCGCGCAUACUGUGAAGAGGAGGUUGCAGCUUGCUCUAAAUUUUCCCAUUGAGGAGAGUUCUUUGACAUUUGGUGAUAUGGUUCUUAAGAAUGACCUCACUGCCAUUCGGAAUGAUUCCCCUCUCCUUUUGACAAGGAAUUUCCUCCAUAGAAGCUCUUCAACUCCCUGUUUGUCACCCACUGGUAGAGACAUCCAACAGAGAGAUCAGAGCGGGCCAAUUGAGAUUUUGGGACAUUCAACUCGCUUCACCAAGUCAAAACAACUGGUUAAGGAAAUUGUCAAGGCAGUUAAGAAUGGGGUCGAUCCAAUACCUGUUCAUAGCGGGCUUGGAGGAGCAUAUUAUUUCAGGAAUGUUAGAGGUGAAAGUGUUGCCAUUGUGAAGCCCACGGAUGAAGAACCAUUUGCACCGAACAAUCCGAAGGGCUUUGUUGGUAAAGCUCUUGGACAACCUGGCCUGAAACGAUCUGUGAGGGUUGGGGAAACUGGGUUCAGAGAAGUGGCUGCUUAUCUUCUUGACUAUGAUCAUUUUGCAAAUGUCCCACCUACUGCACUGGUGAAGAUUACUCACUCAAUCUUCAACGUUAAUGAUGGUGUGAGUGGAAACAAGCCCCAGACGAAGAAGCUCGUUAGCAAGAUUGCCUCCUUUCAACAGUUCAUCCCGCAUGAUUUUGAUGCUAGUGACCACGGAACCUCGAGUUUCCCUGUUUCUGCUGUGCAUCGCAUUGGGAUAUUAGACAUUAGGAUCCUGAACACAGAUAGGCAUGCAGGUAAUCUUUUAGUUAGGAAGCUUGAUGGAGCUGGGCAAUUUGGACAAGUGGAACUGAUUCCCAUUGAUCAUGGCCUCUGCUUGCCUGAGAGUUUGGAGGACCCAUAUUUUGAGUGGAUUCAUUGGCCGCAGGCUUCAAUCCCAUUCUCUGAUGAUGAACUUGAGUACAUAGAAAAUCUUGAUCCUGUUCGUGACUCAGAGAUGCUGCGGAGUGAGCUCCCCAUGAUUCGAGAUGCUUGUCUGCGCGUGCUAUCUCUUUGUACAAUUUUCCUGAAGGAAGCAGCUUCAUAUGGGCUCUGUCUUGCUGAGAUUGGGGAGAUGAUGAGUAGGGAGUUCCGCAGUGGUGAGGAGGAACCUAGUGAGCUUGAGGUUAUAUGCAUUGAGGCAAGAAGACUUGUUGCUGAGGAAAUGUUAUCACCCAAGUCACAAUCAGAUUUUGAUGAGUUCCAAUUUGACAUAGAUUGCGAAGAUGGUGGGUAUGAGGUCACCCCAAAAUUAACUUCUGAAGACUUUGGAAUGGGAAUGCCCUUCCAUUUCGGAUUUGGAAGUGUCAAUGGCCGUGCUCCACUUUCCAAACUAGAGGAAAGUGUCGAGGAAGAGGGAAGUGAAGGAGAGGAAGAGAAGGGGUUAAUUAGCAUUCCGGCCCUAGCAAAGUGCCCAUCUAUCUCAAAGCUGUCAAUGUCACUGAAAAAUACUAGCUUAGGUGAGAAGAAUCAGAAGUUCACAAAGUUUUCAGGAACAAAGCCUGAUCAUGGAUAUCUUGCUAGUUCAUCAUCUGGCCACAGGAGCGCGAAUGAGCAGCUCCCUCCUAGUGCGAGCUUUGUGAAGCUAGCCGACAUGAACGAGGUACAGUGGGGACUGUUUUUGGAGAAGUUCCAGGAGCUACUUAACCCUGCAUUUGCCAAGCGAAAGUCGAUAACCCUUGGUCAGAGGCAGAGACAGAGGCUUGGGACUUCUUGCAAGUUUUGAGAGUUGAGGUAUGACUACCAUAUAUGCUAAAAGAAAAUAAGCUUGCAGGCUUGUUGAGCGAGCUAUGUAGCGUAGAUUUCUCUAUGCUUUCUUCCAGAGCCACCUUAGAUGUAAAUAUUCUUUGAAGGCAGCUGAAUGAAAAGGCUGAGUAGAAUUGGUUGAAUUUUUUUUUCUUUCAUUCGAAAUUUUAAUUUUUUCUUUAGGCCAUCGAUAUUGUUGGAUAAAUAAUUUGUAGAACGUCUUCUUGGAAAGGAGUAUCUGUAUUGUAAAUAGUGAAAUCCGUAGCUGUAUGUGGUGUUUUGGUGUUUGAGGUAAAACUCAGAAUGGUUUUCGUGUUUCUGUU